AUGGCACCGCUACGAACUGGUGCUAUUAUGAAUUGCCCCGCUACGGACUGGCCCCGUAUCAACUGGCCCCAUUAUCAACUGGCCCCGCUAUCAACUGGCCCCAUUAUUAACUGGCCCGCUAUCAACUGGCCCGCUAUCACUGGCCCGCUAUCAACUGGCCCGCUAAUCCUAUCCUGCCCAUUCUGGCCACUAUCACUGGCCCCAUAUCAACUUGCUCACUAUCAACUUGCUCCUAUCAACUGGCCUAUCCUGGUGUAUAGCCCCAUUAUCAACCGCCCUAUCAACCCCUAUCAACCGGCCCAUUCAACUGGCCCCACUAUCAACUGGCCCCACUAUCAACUGGCCCCACUAUCAACUUGCUCCACUAUCAACUUGCUCCACUAUCAACUGGCCCCACUAUCAACUGGCCCCACUAUCAACUGGCCCCACUAUCAACUGGCCACUAUCAACUUGCUCACUAUCAACUUGCUCCACUAUCAACUUGCUCCACUAUCAACUGGCCCCACUAUCAACUGGCCCUGCUAUCAACCGGCCCCAUUAUCAACCGGCCCCUAUCAACUGGCCCCACUAUCAACCGGCCCCACUAUCAACUGGCCCCACUAUCAUUCAACUGGCCCCACUAUCAACUGCCCCUUCUGCCCACUAUCAACGCCCCACUAUCAACUGGCCCCACUAUCAACUGGCCCCACUAUCAACUGGCCCCACUAUCAACCGGCCCCACUAUCAACUGGCCCCACUAUCAACUGGCCCCACUAUCAACUUGCUCCACAUCAACUUGCUCCACAUCAACUUGCUCCCUAUCAACUGGCCCUGCUAUCAACCGGCCCCAUUAUCAACUGGCCCCACUAUCAACUGGCCCCACUAUCAACUGGCCCCAUAUCAACUGGCCCCACUAUCAACUGGCCCCACUAUCAACUGGCCCCACUAUCAACUGGCCCCCAUCAACCGGCCCCACUAUCAACUGGCCCCAAUCAACUGGCCCCACUAUCAACUGGCCCCACUAUCAACUUGCUCAUGCCUUCUAAAAUGAAUCUCUUCACUAAUUUGACA